CGGGUUAGGGAAAGCGAGAUUUGAAUUUCCCGCGUGAGAGAAUACAUAAUUUGUGGUUUUGGUGUGUGUGAGACAUUCCUGAAGGCGGUUUUUAUGGGCAUCGAAACGAGUUUUAUUAGAACUAAUACCGAUUUCAAGGUUGGAGAGUGAGAGAUUGGAAUUCGAUGAAAAUUUCGACAAUGUUGGUGGAGUAAUACUCGAAAAUAAAGAGAAUGCAAUUCUAAGCUAGUUUUCUAGAUGGCGUCCAGCGAGGCCCAAAUCGCGUCCAUCCGCUCCGAACUCGAAAUCGUCCAAAAAGCCCUCAAACUCCAAACCAAACGCUGCCGCCAACUGGUCACCGAAUACACCCUCCAACUCCAACAAAAAGACCUCCAAUACCAAAACGAAAAGGCCCUUCGAGACAACCAACUCGCCAAAGUCCUCCGCGCCCUCAUCAUCUUCGAAUCCCGCCUGAAACAAGAACAGAAAUUCAUCAGCCACCAACUGAAAGAAAAGGACUACAUCAUCCACAAACAAAGCACUGAAAUCAAAAAACUCCUCGCGAAUCAAUACUGCAAAAACUGCAAUCAGUACUACAGCAGCGCAAGUCCAAAUCUGGAGAGUUUGGACAGCAGUUCCGAAUAUGUGGACUCGAGUAGCGACCUCUACGCGUCCAUCUCCACCGACGAGGCGAAAGGCGAGCUGAAACUGAAAAUGUUUCAGCACCGGACGAGUUUCUUUGAGGUGCUAAAUGACAAUUUGAGUGAUUUGAGUGGCGACGAGGAGAAGAAAACAAAAAUUAGUGAGUCAAUUCCGGUUUUUGAGGGUGAGGAAACCAAUAAUAAUUGGUAUGCGAGUGCUAGUGAUCCGGAUGAUGAUGAACAAAGGGACUUAUACCGGAAUAAUCCGGUCUUGGAAUGCAUGAAUCAAAUUCUACUACAAAAUAUCAAUUCACCUCCAAAAACGCCAAACACCGAACGAAAAUCACUCAAAAAAGUCAAAUUUGAGGAUGAGGAAACGAAAAGUGUGACUUUAACUAAAGAAAAUGUCGAGUAUUACGAAACCCCAAUUCAGAAAAUCCCCAAUUUUUACGAAACCCCUCAAAGUGUCUAUAGCAACGAUUAUGAGCAGAUUUUGAGUAAAUCGGAGAGUUUCCCCAAAAAGAAGCCUCCUCCUCCAGCCCUCCCUCCCAAACCCGCCAACUUGACACUCAAAUUCAAACCUCAAAAGAGUGAAAGUGCGGAGUCGGAGCCCGACUAUUGCUCCAUUUCCGAACUCAAUCUCCCCCCUGUGGGGAGGAGGAUCGCCGUCGUGGCCGAAAUCAACCCCCCCAACUCCCAGGACGUCAUCACAAAGAGCAAAAAGCACGACGAAAAUCUCGUGAAAAAAUGCGUGGAAAAAAUAAAUAUGCAACUCGCGAGUAUCCCCAAACUCCCCCAAGUGUCCGAAAUCCUCAUCCCCGACGAGGAGGAGAAACAAGAGAGGAUCAGUCACGAUAACUAUGUUAAAAAUAAUUCGCAAAUUUUGAAAAAUAAAAAAUUUGAGUCUCCUCGACGUUCCAUUGUCAUGGGGACGUCAGUUUCGAGUCUCAUUUCCGGUUUUAAUAAUCAAACUUUGUCGGAAAUUCGACGACAAUUUGAGGAGGAGGAGGAGAAAAAACCGGAUUUUGAUUUGAGUCAGAAUUUUGAGGAGUUCAAACUCGACGAGUGUGAGAUUGAGGAGUACAAUGUGGACGAGGCGAAAUCCGAGGAUUUGGACGCGAGUUCAGUUGAAUUGAAGACUCAACCGACGUAUGAACACUUCUUGGAGUGCACGGGGCUGAGCUCCAAGGCCAUUUUAACCCCCUCGAGACUCCUCAGUAACCACAAAAGUAUGCUAAAACCGAAAGAUAUCAAAUUGAGGUCCAAGGUCAAGGCGAAUUUGUACACUACGAGUACUAUUAAAUACUGGUCAGAGCCCUAUAUUUAGUUUAACUGUAUUUUACCAAUAUUUAUCAGCUUAUCUAUUGUAAAUUAAUUGUUUUCAAUAAAAUUAUUUAUUUCAAA